AUGGAAUUCGAUUUUACGGACGACGAAUUCGACGAGUUGGACGUCCUCCAGGUCCAAAACCAUGCAGUUGACAAUCCCAAAGCAACAUAUGAAGAGAGUGAUGUGGAAAAAGAAUGGAAGAGCUUGGAGUUGGAUCUGCAGUGUCUAGAUGUAUUGGAUCUUUUGAUCGACAAGAAAAGGCGAUGGGACAAUACAGAAGGCGACGAGGAGACGCCGCUUCUCGAGGACUACAAGAAAAAGACAAUUGCGUCGAGGAGGGAUUACCGAGAUCGCGUUGCGCCCACAGCACUGCAUAUUCUCGCUAAAAGCAAGAGAGACUUCUCCAGGGCUCCUAAGAACCUUCAGACCAAUCUUGUUGGCUACCUUUUAGAAUGCCGAGGUGGGACAUGCGAUGAGCUGGGGCCUCAGCACCGAGGGAAAGAAGACCUUUUUCUUCUGGUGGCCAUCAACUACAACAAUGACGACUUCAUCGACUGUGUUGAGCGAUGUCUGGGAGACAGGUUCUCAGAUCUACUACAUGUUCAAGACGGAGAGGGCAAGAAUCUGCUACACCAUCUCUUCACGUGGGAUUCAACGAAGGCCAUCCGCGACAAGAAGGCCCUUCUUGUCCCACACUUGUCUUCAAAAGCUAAACCACAGACUAUUGCUACAGCAGACAAUAUCGGAAAUACGCCUGUUCAUUACGCAAUGGACUGCCGGAUGUGUUUGGACCGAUCCGAUGAAUACUUCAAAGCGGUGAAGGCAAUGUUUGAGGCCGGAGAUGCUGUCAUCAAGAAGGAACAGCGCCCACUAUUCAACGAAAGAGGCGAGUCUCCCGUUAUGUUUGGCCGAAAGAUCCAUCAAAGGUUCCAGAGAGACUACUCCGCGAGGAAAAUGGCGAAAAAGGAGGCGCAAAUCACUGCGCUUCGGUCAAAGGGGUUAAUGAAUUUAGAGAAUGCGGCAACACCAGAAACAACACCUCUAGACAGUCGCCCUAAGCAACCCAUGGGACCUCCCCCGGCGGAUAUGUACGUCAAUCCGACCAGCAGGGAUCCAGGAAUGGUAGGCAUUGUUAAAAUGCCAUCACUCCCUUUGGGUAGAACUACUGCAACAUCCGAUGGUAUCGUCAAGGAACCAAUGAUGAAGGGCCCAAAGGCCGGAACAGCUUCGAUACAUCCCAGCAUCAGCAGAUCCAACACAGCUGGGCAUGCGUCAGACCGCCCCCAAACCCCAACUGGUCUUCAAUCCUCGACUCCAACGGACGGUCGAUCUCGCGCGAAUACGAAAAGACUGAGGGACAUAGGGACUGAGAAUACGAUCAAUAUGUCCGCUUUUGAGGCCAAACUCAGGGGCUGGAGCGGGCUGGACGAAUUCAUUACCACACAUUACAUCCGAACGCGGUCAGAUAUGGAAGCCCGAGAUCUGAUAUUCAGAGGCAACAUUUCAGACCUCGACAAGAACCUGUGUUUCGAUGCGAAGGGUCAGAAAGAUGCGAAGAGCAUAGUUCAUCUUUUAAGCCGCAUGUCCGCCGGUGGCUUCAACGACACUCUCGCCUACGUUCAUCUCCCAACGGUCAGUCACAGCUCUAUUAAUACGCCACCAGGGCGAAACGCGAGCGCAGCUCAAAGAAGUUCCCUGACUGAAAAUCCGUCACCCGGUCGUAUUGAGCUCGUCAAAGUUUUCGACAAGUUACAUGAGCUGAAGGUCAAGAAGAUCUUGCGCCUACAUGUCGAAGAUAGGCACCCGCCUUCUCAUACGGAUGCCUCCAUAGAGAUUGCGUUACAAGGUCGAGAGUCCUUUCUCAAAGAUGGUGGAACGGUAGGACGAGAACCGAUAGCUGUUGAGACAUGGGAUUGGCGGAAGCCUGACUUGAGCACUGAAGUCAUUGCCUUUGCUGCGCCUACCGUCGAGAAUGUGCAUCUCUACUGGAGUGGAAAUCAGGCUGUUCUCAGAGCAUGGGACUGCGACGAAGGUAUUCCCCGGCUAUAUGUGACAACGGAGCGGAGGCUCAAGAGAGUUACUGUUCACGCAGCACCAGGGCUCGAAACUCGAGACAGGAUGCUUGCGAUGUUGAAUCGAUUCAAACAAGAGGUCCAGAGGAAGACAGGCGGCGGUGUUGCGGUGAAAACCGUCAUUCGGAUGGAGGGACUGAUGGCGAACAUGGACACUGUUGAAGAUGCAUCAGGUCCCGUUAGCGACGAGGCAGCUGAAAAGCAGCACGUCUGGGUCGACACGAUGGACGUAUUCCGAAGAGCUUUGAGCUCACUCCCAGAUCUGAAGGGCAGCAAAGCUCCAAGAGUGAAGCUCGCCCUCGUUGACGAUGGGAUCAAUCUCGGUAACCUCGACGAUUACAACGGCAGCGUCACAAGUAGUGGAGUUAGUUACUUCCCUGGUGGACCUUGGCAUUGCUCUAGUACUGGUCAUGGUACUAUCUUGGCGAACAUGAUAGUCAGAGUCAACCCCUGGGUCGAGUUGCACGUCGUCAGGGUGCAAGACGGUCCGUCACGAAACGGUGGACGGAACAUAUUCGCCGGCAGUGCUGCGAAAGCCAUUCGAUACGCCAUUGACAAAAAGGUGGACAUCAUCUCAAUGUCGUGGGCCAUAAAGAGCGCGAUGACGGGAGGCCAUACAUCCCCCAUGGGCAAUGACUCCAGGAACGGUAGUUUUAGCGGCAGGCCGUCCAUGGAGCAACGUGACAUCCAAGCCCUCGGAGAUGCCAUCGAUGACGCAGCAAAGGCUGGAAUUCUAAUGUUUUGCUCUGCGAGCGACGACAUCCAAGCAGGCGCCAUGGAUACGCUCCCGUAUCAGAAGCAGCCUGGGUACAUCUUCCGCAUCGGUGCUGCAACAUACCUAGGCCAGCGUGACGGUCAUACUGAGGAUGUUAAAAGGAUUGACUACUUCUUCCCUGGUAACCAAGUUGCCGAGGCCAAGAAUCCCAGAUCAUCGGAACCAGUCAAGUAUCACGAUGGGUCAUCAGUCGGCACGGCUCUCGCUGCGGGGUUGGCGUCUCUGCUCAUGUACUGCGCCAGGAUAACAGAGCAUCGUCUUGCUGAAAAGCAGGGGCAGGAAGGCUCCCGGGUGGCUAGUACGUGCCUGGGAUUGGCUGAUGCGCUGCGACUCCAAAAGAACAUGAAGCAGGCGCUCGACAACAUCAAAAGCAGUCAGUGGACGGACGCCAAGUAUCUGCCAGUCUGGGCAAUAUUCAAGCCCAAAGCAGAUGACAUGGAAAAGGCGAAAGACGAGGAUAAAUGGAUGAUUCUUGAGAAGCUCGUGGUCCAGUUGGGGGUUGGCAUCAACUGA